UUUGUUUUGUUAAAAUUUUCCGCCAAUCCUUUAAUCCACUUUAGAGACCAAGUGUUCGGCCUUUUCUUUAACGUUUCUAGUAAAUGAUCUUUUUCAAUUCUAAAAGAAACUCAUUACCCCGUGUAAGCAAUCCAUUACAAUACCAAAAAACGACCAAACUCACAACCUUAUAUCCCCGACCCGACCCAACUCUAACAAAACAAAGACAUCCGCCCUCUCAAUCGCGUACAACAGAAAUUUGGAACGACUCUAACACGCGCUUCACGCAAAAACGAGUCAAGAGGUGAUUUUUGUCGUCUUCUCUGAUUUUCCUCUACAACAGUACGCAUAGUGGGUUGAUUUUGGCAGAGGCAUGUCGUCCUUCGCAGCCAGGUGUCCAGAUUGCCUUGUUUCAGUGGUGAAGUUUACUGCUCCUUUCAGCUCGCCUAGUCCCGUUAGCUACACCGAAAGAGCAAGGAAACUAGAAAGGGAUAGCAGCAACUUCCCAAAGCUAUACGACUUCUUUCAUGACAAUUUGACGGAAAGCAGAAACACAGUGAUCUCCUUCACGCGAGGGAGAAGCAACGGGAAAAAAAAAAGGCAUCAACAAUAUCGAUCCAAGGUCUCUUUCCUGAAUCGAGUACUGCCUUUGCGCACAAAGCUUAGCGAUGGUCGACUGGAAUUGUAGCGUAAGAUUGAGACACGUCAAGCAAUGAGGAUACGAAAUUGAUCAAGGGUGUCGAUUUCCCUUCCUUUUCCGAAAUGGAGUUGAACCACGAAAAAAGGUGGCUACUCUAAAAUGGUGAAAGUCACAGAGUUUUUGAAAUUGAAAGAGAGACCUUUUUCUCAUCCGAUUUUUGAUGAGUUGAAAAAAAGGUAGCUGGGAUUUUUAUAACAUAGUAAAACAACUAGAUAAAUAUACAUUCUGGGAAAAAAAGAAUUACUUGGUGUCAAUCUGAGUGUCCCUAUUAACCGCGUUUACCAUCGUUUGUCCCCAAGUUUUGUGUGAAUUCGAGAUUCUUCCAGGAUUUCGAUCGGUAACUCAUGCUCGAGUUUUUUGGCGGAAGAAGUCGCGAUCAUUCCAGCUCGUUUGUCUCAGCUCGUUUCACACAAAAAG